GUAACAUAUUGCUUUCUUCCUUGCUCCCACUGUAAACUUGGGAGUGGAACUCUAUACUGAGCACAGUCCAUGGCUGGGUGUUGACAUGGCUGCAGUGGGGAGCAGUGUGCAGCAAAGUCACUGUUGGUGUGUGACAUGAGGACUCAUAGGAUAGAGUGCUGAUCCACUGCUGCAAUAGGCCUACUGGACAUGGUCAUGUUAACUCAGCGAUGGGAGGAAAAAACAGAGUCUAAUGCCUACACUGGGGGCACACUCAGCCUGUGAUAUUACUGAUGCACGAUUGACUCUGAACACGAGGAGGAAGGAGUGGUGGGACGGGGGCUGUUGGUUUCUGGCUGAAGCAGACUUGCACAACACUGCCUACUCAGUUGGCUGGAUUUAGGGCUUUGGAAGGAAAGCAGUAAUGAGAUUGUCUCAGAGAGUAAAAUGAGCCGGGUGAACCUGCAAAAACGGAGUGAUCUCUGACGUGAUACACCAGGCAACAGUGCUGACUGUGGAGGUAAUUUCUUCCUCACGGCCAUUACUGAAUGGAGACAACAAGAGUGGACAUAUUAAGUUAGUCCGUAAUAUAGUUCAUCACUUUUUUUCAGUGAAAGAUAUUCGUGCCCAGUCAUCAUCAAAUUUGAUGGAUUACGUUGCUUGUAACUGAAUGUGAGGUUAUUUAGAACUACAGAAGCACACAAAAAUCCCGUCAGAACGCUAAAAUGUCUAAUAAGACAUUCAACAUGUCUACUGACCAAGUUGAGAGUACAGUUCCUUUGCCCCAUAGAGGCCUUAAGCUUGGCCUCUCCCCUGAGAGUCAUUUCAGCAACUCAUCCAUGUCCCCGUCACCUGACUCCGACAGUAGUAUUUCCAACAUGAGUGACAGAGAAGCCAGCAGCUCCCCUGACAUCAACAUGCUGGAGUGCUGCCUCAGUGAAGGUUCCCCUGUGGAUACUCCCUACAACACCACCUCACCACAGGGUGAUGUGUUCUGUGGUGUAAGCAGACACAUGAACCAAACUUUUAUUGCCACAUCCAUUAAUGGCAGCGUGAAUUUCUGGAAUAACAACUUGAGUCAGAUGAGCAACGAAGAGACAGGAUCGGAGAAGUACAAUACUUUUAGUAAGAACACAGAGGAUGGAAGUAAAACACCAUUGACAUCCCCAGACUCUGCUGGCAGGGAGAGCCACCUGAGUUCACGUGAAACCUCCCGUAGAGGAUCCACUGAGAAUGACUGCUGCUCCCUGAGCUCUGGGGAAAUGGUAAUAAGGAGCAACAGUUUUUGUCUGGAAGAUCAGUCACUCUUAAUAGUCUCUUCCCUGGAGGAGUCAUCAAUCUCUCCAGCUGCAGUCCAUCCAGCACUGCCUGCUGAAUCUAACCUGCUUUCAAACACUCUGCCGGAUGUGUGCGAAAAAUCUACAGAAAGAGUCAUCGAGGAAAAAGCAGGUGAUCCAUGUCUUGGUGUGACUUUCACUCAGACAGACAACUUGGAGCUCCCCAGUGAGGAAAAUUAUAUGGCAACGUGCAACUCUCCUAUAGCUUUGCCAAGUGAGAAUGAAGGAGGUCUUUUGAUGACCUUUGUCUGUGAAAAAUCUUCUGCAGAUAGUGGAAAAGAGGCUCAGUUCCCAAGUGCUGAAGCAGACCUUUUGGCCCAUUUCCCCGGAGCAAUUACACCAGAACAAGGGAAGACCUUUGUGUCCACUCUGUCAGCUAUGCAAGAAAGUGACAAGAAUAUUCAUACUUCAACUCCAGUACAAAACAUUGGGAACAAGAUACCCAGCCUCCCUUCCUUUUCAGAGUCUCCCUGCACAGGAAAUACAAGCAGCCCAGGACACCAUCCUGUUAAACAACAGGUGGUCCCUGUGACUCCUAAACAACGUUUGGUUGCAGGACUGCCACCUUCAGCCAGCAAAGUCAAGAAAAUGGACAUUAAGAAGUUUCCCAAGUCAGAUUUGAGUAAUGUAAAAUCUAAAGUCGUUACAAGGACUUUGCAUCAAAUGGCAGUGCCAGGACCCGCUUCACAACACAAACCACCACAAGUUAAUGUAACCAGCAAACGUACUGAAGCACAUAGAGUAGCAACUAUCAGGAUUAGUCCUGCCAAGAUGAGGAGUAGCACUGCAGUUGUCUCUACCACCACUAAAAUGGUCAGUGAUACGCAGAGACAAAUGAAUACAGGAGCUGCCAACUUGGGCGUGACAAUUAUACAGUCAUGUGGGCAUACUGCUGUGGAUAGACAAGGCAAGAGUAGAGCAUCCUCACUGGACCACCACACAGCUGCCAAUAAACAUGCUUCAGCCGUCCAAAGCAGUAGCAUCAGCUCAGAUGCAGAGCAGGCAACCUCAAGCCAAGUAGCAGAUGCCUCAGGACAGCAUGCUGGCAACCAGACCUUCUGCUUCUCAUCCUUAGAAAAAUCCCCUGAUGGAAGUGGCCAAACGGAUCCCAAACCAGCUCCAAAGAGAAGCAUGUCAAACAAAAUUGAGGUCAGGUCGGGCUCAGCCAUAGGUCAGGACAAGCCUCCUGUCCUUAAGACACGGCCUCGCUACUCAUCAGAGUGUUCAUCUUCAUCUCGGCCACCCACGGAGAAGAGAACAACUUUAAGAAUCUCAACUAGUUUUACCAUUCCCAAAGCUGACAACCACCUGGGCCAAACCAAACCAGGAAACCAGAACUGCUUUUCCCAGAGUAAACGGGAUGUAGAAGCUGAGGCCACAAAGAGACCUGCUGAAAACUCUGCUAGAGUGGUUAACAAGAUCUUCCUGGUGGGAGAGUCCAACAAAUCGACAGCAGCAGGAGCCUCAUGCGAUGAGAGUAAGAACAGAUUUCGAGGACGACCAUCUCCUAGACGAACAAGAGGAGCACCACUCUCACAACCUCCAGCUGACGGUCCAAGACCAGCCACUCUGUCAGCCAGGCAGAGGCAUGGAACCCUGGGCAGGGAUGAAUGCAGGACUUCCAAAGCUGUAGUGACACCCCAGUCCAAGCAGAAGAGCAUCACAGGCAGUCAGAGAGCACAGGCAUCAGGAGACCCAUCCCUUGGAACAGCCUCAGCAGCAAGUAUUAAGCCCCAGUUAAAUGGAUCCCGACCUCCUCAGACUCCGACUCGCCCAUCUCUUAAGGGCCCUCCCCCUACUUCUGCUUCUAGACUACCACGCAAGACCUCAGGGCCAUCCAGGAGCCUCACUGAGGCCAAUGUUCACAGUGAGCUGGGUGAAGGCAGUUGGAGUACACAAGUUUCUGGAGGAACUGCACGAAAACAAACCCCAUUCAAAGCUGUUGUGCUGAAAGCAAGGCUCAUCUCAACACCUGGAAGAAACACUGGACAAACUUUGACCACUGCAUGCAAGAAUGUUGCUUCCACCAGCAAAGGAGCUUCAAAUUCUACAGUCAGUCCUCUGAAAAGGACUGGUUCUGCAAGACUUGUUCCUCUAACUUCAAGUGGACCUGUGGACAAGAACAAACCCAAGGCCAGCUCCCGCCAGCAACACCCACAGCCACAGCCGCAGCCAUCCCAACCAAACCAGAGUCAUGGACCUCCAGAUGUGGUACCAGCGAGUGUGGCAAAGGGUGAGAGGAAGGACCAGGCCAUCCAGCAGCUCAGAGACCUUCUCGCAGCCAGUAACUGCAGAUUUGAGGCAUUCACCAUCGUCUUGCAACAGACUUUGACUGAGCGUGAUGAAGCCACAAGACAGUGCAGGGAGCUGUCCCAGGAGCUGGCCAACCUUCGAGGAGAUCUGGUUUGCUCCAUCCAUUCCUCUGAGCGUUUGGAGAAGGAGAAGGAGGAGUUGCGUGUUGCUCUGGAGGAUGCACUGCAGAAACUGCAGGAGCAGCACCAGAACGAUGUGGCCGAGCUGGAGCAGAGGUUACAGGCCUUCUACCAGGCUGAGUGGGACAAGGUCCACCUCACCUACCAGGAGGAGGCUGACAAGUGCAAGACUCUCAUGCAACAGCAGAUGGGAGAGCUUAAAGCCAAUCAUGAAGCCAUUAAGCUGGAACUGCAGAGCAGCCACACAGAGCAGCUGCAGUGCGUUAAACAGCAGUAUGAAAUGUCACUGGAAGAGCUCAGGAAAGUUCACAAUCAGGAGCUGCAGUCUGUGGACAAAACUUUGAAAGAUGCACAGGCUGCUCUGUCUGGACAGAUCCAAGAGCUGACUGUGGAGAACAGUGCCCUCAUAGAGAAGCUAACAGCAAAGGAGAACAAGAGGAGGGAGCUGGCCGAAAAGAGUCAGAAGGACUCCCACACCCUGUAUCUGGAGCAGGAGCUGGAUAGCCUCAAAGUGGUGCUGGAUAUCAAAAACAAGCAGCUCCACCAGCAGGAGAAGAAGCUGAUGGAGAUAGACAAACUGACAGAGAAAAAUGUGAAGUUGGAUGAGAACCUUAAGAAGGUCCAGCAGGAGAAUGAGGACCUCAAAGCCCGCAUGGAAAGACAUGCUGCACUGUCGAGACAGCUGUCCACAGAGCAGGCCAUGCUGCAGGAGUCUCUGCAGAAGGAGUCUAAGGUGAACAAGCGUUUGUCCAUGGAGAACGAGGAGCUGCUGUGGAAGCUCCAUAAUGGAGACCUGAGUAGCCCCCGCAAAGUGUCCCCCAGCUCCACCUCCCCCUCCCACUCCUUCAGCUUCCAAUCACCUCGCAACUCUGGCGUCUUCUCCAGCCCUCCUGUCUCGCCCAGAUAACGAUGGGCCCCUGCUUCCGGGAAGCAGACCCUGAUGUUUGAGUUAUCCCUCUAGAAUAUGGAGCCAUUUUUGUUUCCUGUUCGCUUAGCAACACAACAGCCUGACCUUGGCUCCUUCAGGUUUGGAUGAACUCUGACACUUUCUGGACAGGGACACUACAGACUGUAAGAAAAAAAACGUUGCACAGAAGCACUUAAUAAGCAAGGCCACCUUGUUCUUUGCUUUUCACAUCUGAAACUAUGGAUGAGGGAAAAGGAAAUCUCAGGACUUGUAUGUAAUGAAACACUAUUUUUGUUACUUGUAGUUGUUGGCAAAGGCUUGUCUUUCCUGAAGUUCAGCACACGCACACAUACAGUACAUGCAGUAAAAAAUACACACAUGCAUGCAUGCAUGUGUAUACACAUGUGCAGAUACAGCCCUGCAGGGUGAGAGAGGGCUUCUUUGUGUCUCUGGAGACCACAGCCAUGGAAAGUCUGAAUUCAGAAUAGCUAUGAAUACAGAUGGCAGCAUCCCUCCUCAGGGCAUAUUUUUAUUUUAAAUAUGUUGCUUCUGUUGGAUUCCUGCACCAUUUCUCACAGCUAACUGCUGUAAUAAUCCUAACAUCCCACUGCUAGUCAGGACACCAGUGCUGUACAUGUCUCUGUCUAAAAAUUAAAAUGUUCAUACUCAUAUGCAGGCUGCUCUCACUGGCAUGUUCAUAUUUCCGUAUGAUAUAUUUUCAAAGGUCAGGAUUUUUUACGUCCAUAUUGACAGUUUAAGUAUCAUCUCUGGCCUCAAACAUGUUUAGUUUUUCACGUUUUUUUUUGACUAAGGGACCAAUCCGAGUCUUUGUGCAUGUGUUUGAGUUGUGUCGAUCACCCCUCACUGAAACCUAAUGCAGCUUUAAAUUCAGGGUCUUGACCAGAAGAAGCCUUGCUUGUACAUGUCAGAGACACUGCAUCUUGGAAAUGUCUCGAAAAGAGUAUUUUGUGUGGAAUUGAUAUUAUUGGUGUGUUGACCCUGUUUGAAAUAUGCAAUUAAUAAAGUCUUGUAUUAAACCUGAAGUUGGAAAGCUGCAAAA